CGAUCGGCCAGACCUCCAGCUCACUCCUUCCAGCCUUAGUCUAUCCCAGACAAGGUUGAUGUCGGUGAUAUCAAGUAGCCUUGCCCCGUCCUUCUCUCCUCCCCCUUGCCUUCAUCCCCCAUCUGGACCUCUGUUUCCUCGCUCUUGUAAUUCGGCCCGGGGUCUGCCGUUCCAAGACACUGCGCGGACUUGCAUGCUCAAAACGCUACUUCUGCGUCGCUUACAGUCAAACAACCUAUCCCGGUCGGAGGCCUUGUCAAUCGCUCCAUUUGCGUCAAAAUCGUCGGAAGCUAUGAAAGUAAAGUCUUCUGCGACGUCUUUGUCCGAAGCGGCCGUAGCGUCCAAGCGUGUCGAACGCUUCAGCGAAGGCCUGAGAAGGUGGGCAUGCAGACCUUGCUUCGAAGAUCGGAUGAUUGUGUGGGAGCCAGCGGAUAAUGCUCCGGUGAUCGUGAGCAAACGUGUAUCGGGCAACGGCAGGGGCUAUGGCGUAGCGUCCCUGGAGUUCUCAGAGGGGUUGGAAGCUCUGGCAGGUUUGCUUGUCGAUGAAGAACCCCCGGAACUUUCCCUCUCGCCGAUGGCUAUGUCUCACUCAAUAGAAGACGCACGAGUACCGUUUUCGACCGCCUCGAGUGAUUCUUCUCAUGGCCACCCGCAAUUGAACGGCAAAUCUACCCUUCCGUCCCCGCUGCGAAUCGAGGAGACUCCCUCGUUAUCCGCCGCCAUACAUCUCUCCUUACCUGCAUCGAGCUCAAUGCCCUCCAGUCCCUCAACUGCGCCUACGUCCCCAGAUUCUCCUAUGCCAGCAUACCCUAAACUUUCAUUGGAGCCUCCUACUGUCAAGGCAAAGCGGGAUUCUCCCAAACCGCACGAUGCUUCGGCCGACGAUCUCGCUGAUCGCAUACCCCUUGGUUAUGCACUACGUGUUAAGAAACAGCGAGAACAGAAGGCACGAUUCCUCGAGGAGGAACGACAACGAAGAAUGUCGGCAGAGAAGAAGAAGUUGGAGGAAGAGAGGCGAAAGCAUGAAGAGGAGAAGCUCCAAUGGGAAAGAGAGCGUAAGGCCUGGGAGAGGGAGAAGAAGGCUAUGGAGGAGGAAAAGAAGCAGAGGAAGCUCAAGGAGGAGGUAGUCGCUGCCCGCAUGAGGCGUGAGGAGGAACGCACUGGCGCGCGUCGGGUAUCGGCUUCCGUUGUCGAGGGCGAGAAGAACGAGCAGUCUCGCUCCAAGCGCGACUCCUCACGGCACAGACAAGACAAGCUGGCUUCGGACCCGCAUCUUCCUUUACCUGGCGUAGCCCGACCUCCAAGCGUCGCAGACUCUCAUCAUCGACCCGUCUCGAUGCACUCUACUCGUGGUGCGUCCACCGAAGACGUUCGUCUCAAGGACAGGGGCAGAAAAUCUUCGAGAAGACAGUCUGCGGCUUCGGACGCGGAUAGCCCUUCCACUGGAGCUCCCCCGUCAACGUGGAGCAUGUAUGGUAUGCCUGCUGUACCGCCGAUGCCCAUGAUGACUAUGUCGCCUUAUGGUGUCCCCAGUCCAUACAUGGACAACAUGCCACUGCUGCCGCCGAAUGCGCCAUUCAUGACCCAAGGGUAUGGUGACCACCGCUCUCGUUCUCGUUCAGGGUCAAAGGAUCGAAGAGAUAGUUCGCAAUCUUCUCGGUCAUCCUCUCACUCCCGACCUCAUAGUACGCGGAGCAACAACAACAGCACAGAGCGUGUGCACCAGAUCCAUGGACACGGGUCACCUGGCGCUACCCGAGUCGCAAGUGACUCGCACCGCAGCCAUGAGCGGCGCCCGUCGGGUGGUGAAUCUCCCAAUAGGACGAGCGCUCACCGGGGGCAGCUCGCCAAUCAGGGCAGGAGCUACUCCGGUUCAGAUGUCGAGCGAAGAUAUUCAAGUCUCCGCGGCCACGCGUCGUCAUCCUCCCCUUCAACGCCUGUUAGGCCUACCAUGGUGAGCAGCGCAUCAUGGGGCGGCCCUUGGGUUGUCCAGCCUACCAUGCCACCGUCCAUGCCGAUGUACAGCGGUGCGCCAGCUUUCACCGCCGCCCCCAUUCCCAUGAUGGCCCAAGGCAUGGCUCAAACUCGGUCUCCCGCAAGUCAUCACCGACAAAGUGUCAUAUUCUAAGGUUCACAUCUCUACUUCAUUUUGGUUAUAUAUUCGGACUCUGGCUGCAUGGACUGUCUCGCAUCGUGUCGUGUCAUUCUGAAGAUAUCAAGGACUCAUACCCGACUACCUAGCACUUCUAUUCUCGUCUCUGCAUGAGUGUAAUAUUCUAAUUGCACGCUGCCCUUCGUUUGGCCCUCCGUUCUUUUCGUUCAUGACAGGAUCUCCCGUUAAUUCUUACUCGCGAGAUCUACGAUUCUCCUUCGCUUUCUGUAACAGUCGCUACAGGUACUUUACACCAUUCUAAUAGCAGGUAGUUACUUCUCCUCAGCUCCGUGUAUUAGAUAAAGGCUUAGAACAAGAAUUACUGUCAGCCAACGUUGUAUUAUCGUUACAAUAGCC